UUUUGCUAUGGCAAAUAGACGUGAUGUUUUGAAAACUUCAAUGGAUCCACUGCCAAAUGCCAGUGACCCUUUAAGGGAUCUAUUUGAAGCCUGCAAAGUAGGAGAUAUUGCCAGAGUGCGGAAAUUAGUUACUCCCGUUACUGUGAAUGCCAGGGAUACUGCUGGAAGAAAGUCUACACCCCUUCAUUUUGCAGCUGGUACACUAUUAGUUGCAUCUAUGUUAGUCAAAUCUGAACCUAUAAGGGGUUUCAUUAAGAAUUGUCCAUAUAGUAACUGGAGAAACCUUAGCACAAAAUACGAAGAUUUAACCUCAAAAACUUAA